UUCAGCUCGGAAUGGCUGUGUUACUCGCGUUUUUUAAACCGUGUUCUUAUCCAGUUUUUAUUUGCUUUUAUUUAACUUUUGCACCGUGAGUGAACGUGAGUUGGGGACUUUCGAAGAAGCUCGGGGAACCGUUGGCAAUGUCGGACGAGGAGAGGGAGGAGGAGAAGCCGUUCGCGGUGGAGAGGGCGAAAACGGGUCGAGCGAAAUGCAAAAAGUGCAAGUGUCCCAUCGAGAAGGACGCCGUGAGGAUCGCGAAGCUGAUGUCGAAUCCGUUCGGGGACGGGAAAAUGAAGGCUUGGCACCAUUUAACCUGCCUGUUCGAAGUGUUUGCGAGACAGAGAGCCACCACGAAGAGAAUAGACAACCCCGAGGAGGAUAUAAGCGGCUGGGACGACCUCCCCGACGAGGACAAGAACGUCAUCCGACAGAAGAUCGAGGAUUUCGAGAAUUCCUCCCCGUUUAAGACUCCCAAAGCGAAGAAGCCAGACUCCGUGUCACCGAGGAAACGCAAAGAAGCUCCGAAAAAUACCAUCCCCUCCGCCGGCAAAAAGCCAAAGAAAACGAAAAAGGAAAGCUCCGCGUCUUCCAACGAAGAUCUGCCGGGUACUUCGAGUUCGAAGAGGACGGUCUCGAGCAAAGACGACUCGUUUUCGGAGUUUCAACGAGUCUGCAACGACGUGGCGAACGUCGACGCCUACACCGAGAAGACGGCCAUUGUGAAAAGGAUGCUGACCAAAGGAUCCGACGGUGGAGGCUUUAAGAGCGACGUGUGCCUCUGGUGCAGAUUGUUGCUUCCUGGCGUGGUGCUGAGGGUCUACAACCUGCAGAAUAAGCAGCUGGUGAAGCUGUUCUCCCGGUUGCUGCUCCAGGACGAGGACGAGAUGCUCGAGCACCUGGACAAGGGCGACGUGUCUGAAACGAUCCGUCUGUUCUACGAAAAAUCCGUCGUCUAUAAACCUCCUCAUCGGUCCUUGCUCACGAUUCAAGAGGUGGACGAGUUUUUGAACAAGCUCUCGUUCCUGACCAAGGAAGACGAGCAGACCCAACACUUCCGGUCGAUAAUUUCGAGAUGUACCGCGAACGAUUUGAAAAUGAUCAUUCGUUUGAUCAAGCACGACCUGAGAAUAAACGCUGGCCCGAAGCACAUAUUGGGUGCUGUGCACGAGGACGCCUACCGGGCGUUCCAAACUUCGAGGGACCUGAACAGCGUCAUCGAACGCUGUUUGCAAACUUCUACGAUCGUCGACAAACUUUCGAAACCGUCCUCGUCCACGUUAAAAUCACCCACUGGCAUUAAAGUAGCACUUUCCUUGAUGACACCGGUCCUACCGAUGCUGGCGGAAGCUUGCAAGUCCGUGGAAAUGGCGAUGAAGAAGUGCCCGCACGGAAUGCUGUCCGAGGUGAAAUACGACGGGGAACGCGUCCAGGUGCACAAAAGGGGCAGCGAGUUCCGAUACUUCAGCAGGUCCCUGAAACCUGUGGUUCCCCACAAAGUGAAGCUUUUCAAGGAAUAUAUUCCUGAAGCCUUUCCAGACGGCGACGAUUUGAUCCUGGACUCCGAGAUCCUCCUGAUAGACACCAAGACCGGUCAGCCAUUGCCAUUCGGAUCCUUGGGCGUUCACAAGGCAGCCGAAUUCAAAGAUGCCAACGUCUGUCUGUUCGUUUUCGACUGCAUCUAUUAUAACGGGGACGUUCUACUGCACAAGACAAUGAUCGAGCGAAGGCGAAUUCUAAUGGAGAGAAUGACCGAGAUACCGAACAGAAUAAAGCUCUCCGAGGUUCAGGAAGUCCAUAAUCCGCAAGAUCUGGCUGAAAUGAUCGCCAAGGUUUUUAAAUUGGGCCUCGAAGGAUUGGUCCUGAAAGACAUCAACAGCAAAUACGAGCCGGGCAAGAGGCACUGGCUGAAGGUAAAAAAGGAUUAUUUAUUCGGCGGUGCUAUGGCCGAUAGUGCAGAUCUCGUCGUCCUCGGCGCAUGGUACGGCACUGGGAACAAAGGUGGGAUGAUGUCCGUGUUUCUGAUGGGUUGUUACGACGAGAAACGUCAAGUCUGGUUGACAGUGACCAAAGUGCACACUGGGCACGACGACGCGACGCUAACGAUGCUCCAGGAUGAACUGGACAUGGUUAAGAUAAGCAAAGAUCCGGGCAAGGUGCCCCCGUGGUUGCGCGCGAACAAACCGAUGAUUCCUGAUUUCGUCGCCAGGGAUCCCAAGAAGCAACCCGUGUGGGAAAUAACGGGGGCGGAGUUCACGAAUCAGGGCGUUCACACGGCGGACGGUAUCAGCAUCAGAUUUCCACGAGUGACUCGCAUUCGAGACGACAAGGAUUGGUCCAACGCCACUACUUUAAACGAGUUACGGUCCCUCUUCAAAAAGAGCUCGGAGUCGAUAGACCUUAGCCUCCUUUUGCCAUCGAACUCCAAGAUUGGACAGAAUGUGGGCGAAGAAAAGCCGAUCAAAUUCGAAGUCUCUCCAAACAGGGGGAUCAAAGGCGACAGAACAUCGAAGUCCCCGGUGAAAAGGGAACGAGAUGUAAAGCCUUCGACGAGUCUAAUGCCGAUUGUGAAGCAAGAAAGUAACGCGGAGUUCGAUGUUAAUGUAAAAAUUAAGGAAGAGCCACGCGAUGAUGAGGUAGGAAACGUCGUGCCUCGGAAGAUCAAGAAAGAAGCAGAGUUCUACGCGUUCGUCGGCAAGGAUUAUAUCGAAUAUUCUGCUGAUGGGACUCCAUUGAACUGGGUCGAAGGUCGGAAGCCUCAAUCUGGUCUUCCACCUGACGCGAAGCCACUGUCCAGCCUCACGGAUAGUGUAUUGAGAUCGAAAACAAUUCUAAAGGGCGCUCCCGUCGUCUUGACAACGGGUUUUAGGAAGAAAAAAGAGACGCACGUUCGCAUGUUGCUGAAAACUCUCGGGGCCAAAGUCCUGAGGGACCACGGCAGAUCCAGAGCCACGUACGUGAUCCACUCCGGCAUGGAGAUCCCGUCCUCGAAAGUCCAAGAGUACGACGACGUGCCCAAAAUGGCGCGACACGUAUGCAUCGGUUGGCUGGAAGCGUCAGCAGCGGCCUCUCGAAUCCAAGAAACGAACGAGCACGCCGUGGAGCUGGCCGCCGAUUACUGUACCUGUCCCUGUUCCUGUCGACAUUAAUGACGACGAACUUCUUUCCACUCAUCGUGAUCGACGUUCGUUCGAACCCGCACGAGUGUUUUACUUAACCGGAGGCGCAAUCUUUACCUUUCGAAAACGAAAUGUAUUCUG